AAAAAAGAAUGCAGUGUUAACUUGUAACCAAGCAAGGAGGUGAAGGAGGCAGCUUUUACUAUAUAAAUAACGAAGGGGUUGUAGUCUGCCCUCAACUGCGGCUUGCAAGUUGGUUGUUGGUUGGUUGGGGUUGUUUACUUUUGGGGCAGCCUAAAAAAAUGGGUCUCUCACUCUCCCCCUUGUCUUUGGUAGUCCUGCUUGCUUGUUUCACUGGUUCUGUCCUGCAGGGUGAUGGUUUUCCUUUCCAUCACAACCGCCCUUUUCACCACCACCACCCUCGUUUUGCCAAGCACAACUACAGAGAUGCUCUUACCAAAUCAAUCAUCUUUUUUGAAGGCCAGAGGUCAGGGAGGCUUCCUUCUAACCAGAGGAUUACUUGGAGGAGGGAUUCUGGCCUCUCAGAUGGUGCAGCCAUGCAUGUUGAUUUGGUUGGAGGAUACUAUGAUGCUGGGGACAAUGUGAAGUUCGGGUUCCCCAUGGCCUUCACCACCACCAUGCUCUCGUGGAGUGUGAUUGAAUUUGGUGGGUUGAUGAAAGGAGAGAUACAAAAUGCCAAACAAGCCAUUCGUUGGGCUACUGAUUACCUGCUCAAAGCAACUGCACAUCCAGGCACCAUUUAUGUUCAGGUUGGUGAUGCAAACAAGGACCAUUCUUGCUGGGAAAGACCAGAAGACAUGGACACUCCAAGGAGUGUUUUCAAAAUAGACAAAAACUCCCCUGGUUCUGAUGUAGCAGGAGAAACUGCUGCUGCUCUUGCAGCUGCCUCAUUGAUCUUUAGAAGAAUUGACCCCACUUACUCCAAGCUUUUGGUUAGGAGGGCUAUCAGGGUGUUUGAGUUUGCUGACAAGUACAGAGGGGCCUACAGCAACGGGCUGAAGAAAGCUGUGUGCCCAUUCUAUUGCUCUUACUCUGGUUAUCAGGAUGAACUGUUGUGGGGUGCUGCUUGGCUGCACAGAGCCACCAAGAACCCAACCUACCUGAAGUAUAUUCAGGUCAAUGGGCAGAUCCUUGGAGCUGCGGAGUUUGACAACACCUUUGGAUGGGAUAACAAACAUGUUGGAGCAAGAAUUCUUCUUUCUAAGGCAUUUCUUGUUCAAAGGCUGCAAUCUCUCCAUGAAUACAAGGGCCACGCAGAUAAUUUUAUUUGCUCUCUCGUACCAGGAGCCCCAUUCUCUUCAGCCCAAUACACCCCAGGUGGGCUCCUGUUUAAGAUGAAUGAUAGUAACAUGCAGUAUGUGACCUCUUCUUCAUUCCUGCUCCUAACCUACGCCAAAUACUUAACUUCUGCCCACCAGGUUGUUAACUGCGGUGGCACCACGGUCACCCCAAAAAGGCUCCGAAUCAUUGCCAAGAAACAGGUGGACUAUCUGCUGGGAGAUAACCCCUUGAAGAUGUCUUACAUGGUGGGAUACGGUCCAAGGUACCCGCAAAGGAUACACCACAGGGGCUCAUCACUACCGUCCGUAGCAAAGCACCCAGCCAAGAUCCAAUGCUCCGCAGGCUUUAAUUUCAUGAACUCCCAAUCCCCCAACCCCAACAUUUUGGUAGGUGCAGUCAUCGGUGGGCCAGACCAACAUGACAGGUUCCCAGAUCAACGGUCAGAUUAUGAGCAGUCAGAACCAGCAACGUACAUCAAUGCACCCCUUGUAGGAGCGUUAGCUUACCUUGCUCACUCUUUCGGCCAGCUUUAGGGGGCCCUACCAGUAACUUAACUGAUUUAGCUAUUUCGGUGUUCGUAAUGUUUUCUUUUUUACUUAUUCUGAAAGUGUCGAAGUUCUACCAAUAUUCCUCUGGAAAUAGAAGAAGUGCACGAGGCUAAUGGGGUCGAGACCUAAGGCUCGAGCCCCAAACCUUGAAGCACAAAUGUCAAGGAUAGAUAGCCUUGUUGGCUUUUUUUUUUUAUAUAGUUACUAUUAUUAUCGUUAACAGUUUAUAGCCUCUGGUGAGAGUGCAUAUGGCGUGCCAAGAACGGCGUUUUGUUGUAAUGGCUAGCUCAAGCUAAGGAUUCUGGGCUCCUAAUUAGGAUAUAUUAGGCCUUUUUGGAACUUGUAAUAUGUCUGCUAGCGUUUAACUUGCGAGAGUUCAAUA